AUGACACUGAUCAACUUACGCAAGUUCCACCCGCUUACCCUUUCUGGUCCUUCUUUGUGUGUUGCUACGAGUCAGAGCUCGGGCUCUGGUGCUGAUGGUGGCUUUGGAUCCGGCUACAAUCCUAACGAUACUUACGGAUGGGGCUCUGGCUCAAGCACGGGCUCUAGUCCGACUAUUGGCUCUGGUUCAAGCACGAGUUCUGGUUCAGGCACUGGCUCUGGCUCGACUUUUGGCUCCGGUUCAAGCACAGGCUCUGGUUAUGGAUCGGUCUCUGGCUCAGGCUAUGGUUCAAGCUCAGGCUAUGGCUCGGGAAGUAGCUCCAGCUAUGGAACAGGAAGUAGCUUCGGCAGUGGUUCAGGUAACGGCUCAGGAAGUAGCUAUGGUUACAGUUUUGCAUCGACCAGCACUUCGACACUUGUUCACGGUUUUAAAGCUCCACUUGCUGUUAGUGCUGUUGGGCUUGCUGUUGCCAUCUUGCUUUUCCUCUUUUCCCCUGCUCUUGCUAUGUACGCUUGGAGGGAGAGGCACACUAACACACCUGUUCCACGAUGGCUAAACCGUACCGUGCUUGGCCUUAGCGUCGUCGGAUUUGCUAUGUCUCUGGCUAUGUUUGGUGUCUAUGGUCAUUACCACUUCUUAAUGGAUGAGCCUGCUGCUGAAGCCGCAAUGCUAUUCUUGGCCGCCAUCACUGGCACAACAGUUAUCCCCCAUCUGCCUGCCAAAUGGGUCGAAAAGUUCCAGCUCAAAGAACAGACGGGACGCAACAGUGUAGCGAUGGAGACUAAGCCCCAAUUCAAUGAGACCAAACACGAACAUAACAGUGCUUUGGAGCAAGCCUAA